CUAGACUUGUCUUUUUCCAUUUAACGAAUACUCGCGUUAUAAUAUUGUCUCUGUUUUACAAUGAUAAUUUGAUAUCUUCUCAAGCCUGUCGUUACCAUGUCAGAUUCAGAUCCUCCUGCGCAGCCAAGUCUGCCAUGGCGCAUUGCCUCGGCGACUGUCAUGGGCUCAGUUGGCGCAUUCUCAAGAGUAUUCAUGAACGGCUUCAAUACCCUCGAGGUUACAGGCCUAGAAGGGCUUCUGGGGGUUCUUGAUCGUAGGAAAAGAGAAGGGCGUGAGCGCGGGCUGCUCACUGUAUGUAAUCAUGUAGCAGUACUUGAUGAUCCUCUUAUUUGGGGCAUGCUACCAAUGCGGUACUUCUUUGACGCAGUCAACAUGAGAUGGGGUCUUGGGGCGCAUGAUAUAUGUUUCAAGAAUAAAGCCACAUCGACAUUCUUCAGUCUUGGUCAGGUUCUGCCCACUCACAGAUUAUGGUACUCUCCUUAUGGUGGUCUAUACCAGCCAACCAUGGCACAGGCUGUCAAGCUACUAUCCGGCCCAUCACCAGCUUCAUGGUCUACAGCCUCCGACUCUCCUCUCUCUGCAACUCCUGCUUCAACAAGACCUCCUGCAGUUCCUCAACCGCUCUUCUUCUCUACCAACGGCGUUGAUCAAUUUCCAGCGCCAUCUGCCUACCCAGCCUAUCGAAAUGCCUGGGUCCACGUGUUUCCAGAGGCUUGUUGUCACCAAAGUCCGGAUAGCGGAUUGCGCUACUUCAAAUGGGGUGUAUCUCGACUGAUUCUCGAAUCUGAUCCGGCUCCAGAGUUCAUCCCCAUGUUCGUUCAUGGUACCCAGCACAUUAUGGCCGAGGAUAGAGGAUGGCCCAGAUGGGCGCCUCGUUUUGGAAAGACCGUGAAGAUAGUGAUAGGUGAGCCGACAGAUGUUGAUCAGCUCUUUGGUCACCAGCGGGCAGCAUGGCGCAAGCUUGUUGCGAAAGGUGACCCAGAACUUCUCCGAAAUGGCCCAGAGGCUACUGAGUUAAGAAUAUCGGUGGCCAGGAGAGUAAGAGACGAGGUCGAGAAAUUACGAGAAAGCGCAGGGUUCCCUGCAGAAAAGGACGAAGCACCGGCUCUCGCAGAAACAUGGGCCAAAGAUCCUCUCCGCACAAAAUUCAAGAGCCCAGUCGAUGGGAGUCUUGUUAACAGACAUGGGCCAAGAGAACGCCCAUGAGUAUAAAUUGUCAUACAUUUCGCUCGUAGAAUUAUAGACUAAAACAAGGAGGCUCAAACCACCCGAGACUAAGGUAUUCAUACUCAACAUUAGUUGUUGACAGGAAUAAAACAAUAAAUGACGAAUCAAGACACCGACACACGCUGCUGUCCCAAGAUCCAAUAUCUCUCCUGUCCUGUCUAA